GCGGCUGCCGGGGCCGGAAGUGGCGGCGAAGCGUCGCGGGCCGCGCCCGGCCUUGCUCAACGCCCGGCUCUCCCGGCCGCCGCCGCCGCCGCCGCCAUGUCCGCCAGCGCCGUGUACGUGCUGGACCUGAAGGGCAAGGUGCUUAUCUGCCGGAACUACCGCGGGGAUGUGGACAUGUCGGAGGUGGAGCACUUCAUGCCCAUCCUGAUGGAGAAAGAGGAGGAAGGGGUGCUGUCCCCGAUCCUGGCCCACGGCGGCGUCCGCUUUAUGUGGAUCAAACACAACAACCUGUACCUGGUGGCCACGUCUAAGAAGAAUGCCUGCGUGUCCCUAGUCUUCUCCUUCCUCUACAAGGUGGUACAGGUAUUCUCCGAGUACUUCAAGGAGCUGGAGGAGGAGAGUAUCCGGGACAACUUCGUCAUCAUCUACGAGCUGCUGGACGAACUGAUGGACUUUGGCUAUCCCCAGACCACAGACAGCAAGAUCCUGCAGGAGUACAUCACUCAGGAAGGCCACAAGCUGGAGACCGGGGCCCCUCGGCCCCCUGCCACUGUCACCAACGCCGUGUCCUGGAGGUCAGAAGGGAUCAAGUACCGGAAGAACGAGGUGUUCCUGGAUGUGAUCGAGUCCGUCAACCUCCUGGUGAGCGCCAACGGCAACGUGCUGCGCAGCGAGAUCGUGGGCUCCAUCAAGAUGCGCGUGUUCCUGUCGGGGAUGCCGGAGCUGCGUCUGGGCCUCAACGACAAGGUGCUGUUCGACAACACAGGCCGCGGCAAGAGCAAGUCGGUGGAGCUGGAGGACGUCAAGUUCCACCAGUGCGUGCGGCUGUCGCGCUUCGAGAACGACCGCACCAUCUCCUUCAUCCCGCCGGAUGGCGAGUUCGAGCUCAUGUCCUACCGCCUCAACACUCACGUGAAGCCUCUGAUCUGGAUCGAGUCUGUGAUCGAGAAACACUCCCAUAGCCGCAUCGAGUACAUGAUCAAGGCCAAGAGCCAGUUCAAGCGUCGCUCCACGGCCAACAACGUGGAGAUCCACAUCCCGGUGCCCAACGACGCCGACUCGCCCAAGUUCAAGACCACGGUGGGCAGCGUCAAGUGGGUCCCCGAGAACAGCGAGAUCGUGUGGUCCAUCAAGUCCUUCCCGGGCGGCAAGGAGUACCUGAUGCGGGCGCACUUCGGGCUGCCCAGCGUGGAGGCGGAGGACAAGGAGGGCAAGCCCCCCAUCAGCGUCAAGUUCGAGAUCCCCUACUUCACCACCUCGGGCAUCCAGGUGCGCUACCUGAAGAUCAUCGAGAAGAGCGGGUACCAGGCGCUGCCCUGGGUGCGCUACAUCACCCAGAACGGAGACUACCAGCUCCGGACCCAGUGAGAGGCCCGCGGCCGCCACCCUGGACGAAGAGGCCCUUGGGGCGCCCUGGAGCAAGCGCCCUGGAGGGCCCCAGCACCCUGGACCCCGC